AUCACUCCAGACAGUGAGAUCUAUCUUGAAGACACCAUGAAGACUCUUACCUUUACAGUGGGACUGCUGCUGCUGCUCACUGUUUACUGCACUGCCAUGCCUCAUGCAGUGAAUGAAAUAACACCUGAACUGUGUUGCUUUAAAUUCUUUCUGGGAGCAAUACCGCGGAAGGAAAUUCUCUCCAUCGUCAAGACUGAUUCAAGAUGUCGCAACAAGGCAUUUGUGAUCAGUGCUGCCAAUGGAAAGGACAUGUGCGUGAGCCAGGAUGUGCGCUGGGCAAAGGCAGCUUUCAGAAGACAGCAAGCCAUCAAACCUGAAUGAGCAAACAUCUCUGACCAAUCAGCUUCCAGUCAUGAUAGAGCUCUGUCUGACUUCAGCAAUCUAUAUUUCACAUCUUCAACAUCUUUUUUCUCAAACAGCUUUGCAUUUUGUAAUUUUUAUGCAAUUAUGGUGUUAACCACUUUGUGAUUAAUCAUGUGGACCCUUGUUCUUAAUCAUUUCAUAAGAUUCAUUCAUAUAUGCAAUAC